AUGGCCAUGGGGCGUUGGGAGCCGAGCGCCUUGGAGAAAGAGAUCCCUGAGCCAGAGGAGGCGGACACUAUGACCCUGACCCAGGAGUUGGCCGAGCCUCUGAUGGCCCCUGGCCCGGAGAACCUGCAGCUGCUGAAGGAGCAGCUGGAGCAGCUCCAGGAGGCCAACCGGGCUCUGCAGGCCCAGAUCCAGCAGCAGGUGCAGCCCCCAGGAGAGGCUGGUGUGAGGGUCAAGGAGAAUGGGGUCCAGCUGGAGAGGCCGGUGGAGCUGGAGGCCCUGCAGGGCAGCAGGGACAGCGGACCCAGCAGCAGGCGGGAUGCAGCCGAGCUGCUGCAGAGGAGGCUGAAGGAGGCAGAGGAGGAGAGAGUGGGGCUGAAGCUGCAGCUGGCAUUGGUGCGGGAGGAGAUGGCCAAGCUGGAAACCAGGGCACAGCAGGCUGAGCAGCAGGCUGAGCAGCAGGCUGAGCAGCAGCUUCAGGCCCUGAGGAAACAGCUGGAGCAGGUGACAGAGGACGGGGCCUCGGGGAAAGCCCAGGUGACCUCACUGCUGGGGGAGUUGCAGGAGAGCCAGAGCCAGCUGGAGACCUGUAUGCUGGAGAAACAGGAUCUGGAGGAGAAAGCACAGGCUGCUACCGAGCGGUGCUGCAGGCUGGAGCGGGAGGCUGAGGCGCUGCACAAGCAGCACAGCGUGCAGAUGGACCAGCUGCGCAUGCAGGCCCAGAACCUGGAGACGGCGCUGCGGGUGGAGAGACAGGGCGCAACCGAGGAGAAGAGGAAGCUGGCCCAGCUACAGGCAGCCUAUCACCAGCUCUUUCAGGAUUACGAUGGGCAUGUGAAAUCCAGCCUAGAGAGCGAGAAGAGGAGCCAGGGCAUGGAGCUGCACCUGGAGGAGCUGCAGCAGCAGCUGCAGCAGGCUGAGGAGGCACUGGUGGCCAAGCAGGAGCUGAUUGACAAAUUGAAGGAGGACAUGGAGCAGCACAAGGCUAUGCUGGAGACCAUCCCUGUGCUGAAGGCCCAGGCCGAUAUCUACAAGGUGGAUUUCCUAGCGGAGCGCGAGGCCCGGGAGAAGCUGCACGAGCAGCGCGAGGAUCUGAAGGAGCAGUUUGAGCAGCUACGGCGGGACUACGACAAGCUGAAGGCAGAUGCUAAUGGAGCCACCUGGACUCUGAUGGAGGAGAUGAGAAACCGCCAUUCAGAGGGGCGCCCACCUGUUCCCCAACCAGUUUACAACAUGGCUCCAGUACCUUUCCAACCCCUGCCAGCUGCAGGGUGCAGGCGAAGUAUCCACGAGGAGCAGCCGGAUUUCUGCUGUCCUAAGUGCCAGUACCAAGCUCCGGACAUGGAUACCCUGCAGAUCCAUGUGAUGGACUGUAUCAAGUGAUGCCCAUGAAGGAGGAGGAGGCUGGGUGCGAGGGGGGUGCCUGGCCUGCUCCACUCUUCGCUUUCCCCCCAUGGCACUUGCUGUUCUGCGACACAGUGCUGCAGACUGGGUUCACAGCUGUCUUGAGCCAGUUGGAAUGGACAGUGGGUACCACGGGGGAGGAUGGGGUUUGCACCAUUGUCUCUGCCUUACGUGAAACUGAAUGUACCUGAUCUGCUGUAAUUCAGGGAUUUGACAAUCUGUAGAGACUGACAGAUUAGUGGUGGGAAGCAGGGGUCCUGAAAGCUACUGAACCAAACUUUAAACCCUGAAUAUAAUGGAAACCCCUUCAAGCUGGGCAGCACCGGGGGGCAGGGCAAAGAGGGGUGGCAGGAACAUUUCACUGUUCAUCUCCCUUUUAAGCACGUUAUUGCUAACCCUGCAGCAUUUGCAGAGUGUGGUGAAGACAGAUUCCCCUGCUCAGUUUCAGGCUAUCAUAGCAUCUCUGCUUUCCUUCUACACUGUGCUCUGGUUAUUUAACAUUAUGGUCCAUGUGCUGCCCCCAAAGUCAGACUCUUGCCUUAAUGUAAAUUCUAUUGAAACUUUAUGCAGAGGGAGGAGAGUUCAGUCCUUAUGGAUAUUGCUGUAUUAAGCCCCCUUCCUGGUGUUGCUAAAGCAUCCACAACAUGGAGAAUCUUCCCCUUUUCUAAAUACCUGGUAUUUUCUUUUUGUUAAAGUGCUUAUACAUUGAGCUAGAUUCACACAAUCACCAGGUCUGCCUUCCUCUACCACGGAAUAACAGAGACAUCCAAAACACAGGAGCUGGCACUAAUGAGGGGAUGGGGGGAAACAAGAUGGCAAAUAAAAUUCAAUGUUGAUUAA